AUGGUCCCGACAACGGAUGAAACCAUGGACCAGGGUGCCUCCAUGGAGGAGACGUGGGAACUGCACGAUGAAGCGGACCGCAAUAGAAUACAGUACAUCAUCGUUAGUAAAAAGUUUAGCCUGAAGGACGUCGUUGUUGCACCAAAGUUCUAUAAGAGAACGUACCAUCACCUUCAUCGAGGAACAUUUUCGUUCACACGGAAAGCAGUGAAAGCCGCAAAGCCCACAAGGAGAAGUCCCGAGAACACCAUCGACGGGGACCUCUACUGUCCGCAAACCGACUCUUGGGAAGUAAUGAACAACAUUAACGAAUACGAUCGGGCCGUAGAACAUCUUCACGACUCUACGAGAAAAAUGCCAUUUUCAAUUUUGACACCACAUCAACUGAGGAGUGUCUCCGCAAACUCUAGAGUUAACGUGUCAACAGGAGCCGUACGAGCUGCAAGCAAUCGUGCAAGGAACUCACGUCCAGCUCGCGUGGCUUUGCCAAGAGGCGACGAAAGAAGACUUCGAAAAGAGAAGAGCAGCAGUACUGACUGA